GCCGCUGGCCUCUGCUAAGAUACUAUGGCUGCUGCUGGCCAUGCGCCAUGAUACAUCAAAUAGCUUGCAGCACAAUAAUUGUGGGAAUUAUCGUGCAUUCCCCUCUUUUUUAGCGCGCGAGGAAAAGACAACAAAAAUAAAACACGACAUUUUAUUCAUAACAAAUUCCACAAAGACUGCGGGAUCGGCAUGACCGCCGCUUUCUCUUCUCUGCCGUCAAUAUCAAUCCUGGAAGCCUCUUGUCAUACAUCCAGCUCGACUGUUCCUCGAUAGAGAUCUCCGCCUGGUCGUCUACCUGAAUCUAGAAUUGGUGGUGAUACGCGUAGCUGGAACGGAACACCUCAUCGGAACACAUCAUCAACACAGCCUCUGCAUCGGCCACAUAGAAUCGACCAAGAAACCUCGUCCGGAGAAUAUCAUUCAAUAUGCUCAACUCGGUCCCACGAACCCCGUCUUCAUGGUCUAUCUAUUCAAUCCUAUGUAGCAUACUGGCGGCUACGAUCGUCCGAUCAGCAUGCGUGGACAACUCGACGGAUACCGCCGGUCUGCAGAAGCUCUUGACGGAAGGAGGCGAGGGAUAUACUCUGAGCCUAUGUGCAGGCCAGGUGUAUUCGAUUACCCAGUCUUUGAACUUUACCAACACCAGCCAGGAAAUCAGCACGGAAGGCUACCCGACCGAUUCCACAAGAGCUAUGCUAGUAGUUUCCGGACCCAAAACUCCCCAGGUCAAUCACACUACCGCUGUUCUCGGAGACUGUGAGAACUGUGACUUUAUCAGGAUCAAAAACAUAAUGAUCGACGGUGAUAGGGAUCUGGAGAAUAUGGCACCUUUGCCUGGUGGAGGCAACAUCGAGAUCGGCGGGGCGAACCAGGGACAGAUUGUCGAGAAUGUCAGAUCCUUCAACCCAAGGGGCUGGUCUUGCUUGCACAUUGCUGAAGGCCCAUUCGCUUGCUCGAACGCGACAAUUCGAGGGAAUGACAUCGGUCCCUGCGGGUCUGACUAUUUCCAAUAUUGGGCGGACGGCGUAUCCCUCUCAUGCGCCAACUCGCUGGUCGAGAACAACGACAUCAAGGACGCUACGGACGCUGGGAUCGUCAUCUUCGGUUCUCCGGGAAGUACGAUCCGUAACAAUACCAUCUCGGCGACCGAUAGGGUCAUGCUGGGAGGAAUCAACAUGGUUGACUUUGACCCGUGGCAAGGAAACUUUUCGAACCUGCUAGUUGAAAAUAACAGGAUUUACGGCGGGUUUGCCGACGAAUACGGCAACAGUAGCUUGGGAGUGGCCGAUCAGCCGGCCGUCAUCAAGCUGGGUAUGGCAAUUUCCCCCCAAACGUGGUGGGGAGAUGAGCGAUAUGGCACCAAUACGUCUAGUGGUCCUGCAACCGUUGUUGGCAAUGUCUAUUCUGGCGCCAUGGUCUUCGCUGUAGCCAUCGCCGGAGCCCGCAAUUUCGCCCUAAUCAACAACACUCUGUACGGCAAUACCACUUUUGCUGGUUCCUACGCAGUGAACUGCACGACAGGAGCCGACAAGCCGCACGAACCAACUCCGUUCUUGAUAUCGGACAUAACGACAAAUUCGACAAACAUCACGAUAGACAACAUGAACGAUUUCGUCGAGGGCACGGCAGGUGGACUUACGUGCUUUGGAGUAAUGCAGAUGCCGGAGCUGGACGAAUAUCCUUACGGACCCAACUUUAAUUGGAGCGCUUUGGCAGCCGUUGACAACAAUGCUUCUACGACAACUACCGCCAGCACGGCGGCUUCGACCGGUCUGAACAUGGGCAGUGCGACGGGUACAGACUCUGUCCCAUCGCCUUCUGUGGCCCCGCAGAAUUCUGCCGAGCGGAACACUCUUACGAUGCAGGCCAUCGUCUUUCCCGCGCUGCUGCUGGCAGUUGGCGCUGUUGGGUUGAUUUGAGAAGGCGAUUAAGCUUAUGGACAAUUCGAUAUUAGCACAU